AAUUACGAUACCCCAGACCAGGCCAUAUCACUUCGGGGACAAUCCAUCAUAUCACACAAACACUCCGCACUUCCCGGGUUCCUAGCCGCCUCUGUCGAUCCCCGCCAACAGUUACCGUCACCCCUUGGAACCUAUCUUAAGCCAAGAGCUUCUUAGACGACCUACACACGGUCUUUUUGACCUUGCCGUGAUAGCUCUCUAACUAAUAGGUGCCCAUCAUGUCAUGACUGCCAAAGCGCCAUCCCUUUUGACCUCGCAUUCUCUUAUCUUGACUUGAUAAGUUUGGGCAUCUAAUUACGAGGCCGUGCGUCUUGCCUCUUUUAUACGAGCCGUCAUGGUAUAUUGCGGGAAGCCCUCUGGUGGCUGCUCCACCUGCCGCCGUCGCAAGAUUCGGUGUGACCAAAAGGAGCCGGCAUGCACGCAAUGCGAGAAGAAGAAUCAGCCAUGCCCCGGCUAUCGCAAUCUCGUUGAUCUCAUGUUUAGAGAUGAAAGCUCCCAUGUUAUUAAGAAAGCGGUCAAGACACGGGCUCGAUCUAAUCGAUCACAAAAGAGUCCUGUUAGCCAGGAGCUCGCCUCGGCCUCAACAUCUCCCCCACCAUCCGUUGUGACUAUCAAGUCACCACCGACGUUCACCAUUGACCCGAGGUCCAGUGCAGCCCCUGCCCCUGCCACCAAGACAGAGAAAUCGACCAAGGUCAAGGUCAGACGUGCUCGGAAAUCUAACACUCGUUGCCGGGCGCCUGUCCUCUCCGCUUUGAUUAACGACUGGAGCCGGUCUCCAUCGGAAACCUCUCAUGAAAGCCCGGGUGAUGCCAACGAUGUCAUUGGUCCAAGUGAACCAACUGAAGGUCGCGAUCACUUGGAUGGUGCUCUAUCACCCGAACUACAAGACCAGGGCACUGCUUUCUUCUUCUCUCGCUACGUUGUAGCCGACAGAGGCUCCUAUCAAAACUAUGCUUUCAUAUAUGAUGUAUGGAAACCUCCGGACUCGGCGCAGGCUCAAGUUGAUCCAGUCACUGUCAGUAUGACAGCUGUCGGACUUGCAGGAUGCUCACAGGUUUUUCGAUCACCAGAUCUUAUGACACGGGCACAAGAGAGCUAUGCUAUCGCCCUCGGAUUGACGCACCGUGCACUUCGCGACCCAAUUGAAGUUGUAAAAGACACAACCAUGCUCGCCGUUUUGAUACUCGGCACUUUCGAGUUUGUUUCGGGAUACAGUUCCCAUACGAUGCGUGCCUGGCAAGACCACGUUAACGGAGCUGCUGCCCUGGCAAACAUCAGAGGUGCUGCCCAGUUUCGAAGCAAAGCUGGUGCUCGCAUGUUUCUCAUGCUUUGCCAUACAGUUCUUAUAAGCUGCAUACAGAGCGGCCUACCAAUGCCACAAACACUAAUAGACCUCCGACACGAGAUUCCCCCUUCCGAAGAACUUGGAGGACCUGACUUUCAUGUGGCAUACCCCAUAUACAAAGCACUACAGGUGCGCUACGAUAUCAACACGAGAAAACUAGUCGAUCUUGAUGAUGUGGUCACCGCCAUAUCAAAUGUUGAAGAGGAAUUUUCAUCGAUACUGUCCGGACUGCCAGAAUCUUGGAAGUACCAUCGCGUACAGCUGACGCAACCGGACCCUCGAGUAUCAGGACAAAUAUGCCACGUCUAUGCUGGGCUUCUUCAAUCCACCACUUGGAAUAUGGUGCGCGGGAUAAGGAUGAUGCUGCUAGAAACACUCGUCGAGCAGCUUUGCGCUGCCUCGGAAUCGGCUGACCGCACUGUACUGUCAGACAAUCAUUUCGAGUUACUUGCCAAAUCUCUCAAAGUGUUGGAUAUGCUAGGACAAUCAAUUGCAGCCAGCGUUCCCCAGCACCUCGGAGUUGUCAGUAUCCGGGACAUAAGCAACAGGAAGGACCAAGGGCACACGGUUUCGAUUGCUGCCAAGAAACAAGCAUGCCGUGUUAUAUCGUCGCCGUUUGCGCAAGACUCUCGAGUCGGCCCGGGAGAGGAUACAUCCAGCAGCGGUGGUAGUCCGGUACUAUUUGAUCCAACGCAGUCGACGCCUCACACCGACGAUGCCACUCGUUUCAUGAGCCUUGCGUCGGCAAACAAUACCAUCAUCUGGCCGUUGUACAUGCUCGGUAUGUCAUCGGCAUGUUCGCCAGAAACAAAACAAUAUGCCAUCGAGGGCCUGCAAGCUAUCCACAGAGAAGCUGGUCUGGAGCAAGCGCGUGUGGUUGCGGGACUAUUGCAGGAGAAGGAUAACCCCCCUACUCUUAGCCCAUCACUUCUCAGCAAGCUUCCCACGGUUGACGCAAACGCUCUACCCUCAACAGUCUAAUCCAUCUGCACGCCGAGCCUGACUUGAGUGUGCGAUAGUUAGAUACGCUUCCCAUUACUUUUCACAAUUCGAUUGGGCAUCAAAUUGAGACAUAUGGCGACACGUUGUAUGUCAUGGUUGUAAUACCAACGG